CCCACUCACCCACUAACUCGAUCACUCACCCACCCACUCACUAACCCACCCAUUAACUCAAUCAAUCAUGAACUCACCCACCCACCUACUAACCCACUCACUGACCCAUUCACUCACUAACCCACUCACUCACCAACGCACCCACUAACCCACUCGCCCACCCACCCAACCACUCACUAACCCACCAACCAACUCUUUCGUCCAACCACCCCCCCCUCCUAACGUCACCUGUGGCGGAUAUGUAAAGGAAGUGAAAGAGGGAACCAGAAUUGUACCGUGUGAUGUCACGAAACCGCGGAAAGAAAACAAACAAACAUACUCUUUGGUUCUUUCGGUAAAUUCACGUAGGAAGAAAUCAGCAGUUGUCCUGCUGUAUCGGUUCCGCCGGAUGACGAUCGCUUCUGUUGCGAUCGAAACGUCGUGAUUUAUUUUAUUUCUACCUACGUGACUUUACCGAAAGAACCAAAGCGUAUGGAUUCCUGUGGUCACGAAAGCUUCAAAUCAAGAUAGAAAAAAAACAACCCAAGUUCGAAAAGUGUCCACUGAAGUUUCGUUGCCUGCCUAGCAGCGCCAAUCGGAGGCGGCUCCAACUCACGACAACAGAGCGGUGAAUCACGCUCACUCGCUCGUACCAAGGGACGAAAUUAACCAGCCGUACCACGCAAGAGGGCGAACUCCAUACGGCACAGGGGAAGAGAUUUCGGCAAAAAGAAAGCCGCGAGCCCUCUCUGAUCAUGGUGCCUAUGGCGGUGGCGGUCGUGGUGGCAAUGGUGGCGGUUGCGGUGCUAUCGGCUGCUACAGCAACUGUGUCGAUGAUGCAGACAUCCAAAGCCGGCGAGUGCCCUCAUGGAUUCUACCGGGCAGCAAGUGGUGACAUUUGCUGUCAGCAGUGCGAAGCAGGGGAGUAUUUAAUAUCGGACUGCACAGCUGAACAGGGACACUCCGGCUGUCAAAUCUGCGAUGGUGGCUAUUAUACGGAGUAUCCAAACAGCUCACCAAAAUGCAUGGAGUGCUCACCUUGUGAGUCUGAUGAGGAAGAGGAGCGGCAAUGCAACACAACCACAAACAGACGGUGCAGAUGCAAACCCGGCUACCAUAAGCCUGGCGGCGAGGCGUUCUGCAGGGAAGAUUCUGUUCCCUCUGCGACAGGAGGAGGCAAGACAGCGGUCAUUGCGGUGGCCGUGGUUCUGCUGCUUCUGUUUGGCGCUGCUGUUGCUGCUGCGUUCAUUUACAGGACGAAGGGGGGGAAAUUUCCAUGCGACGGGGAGCCUGGUAACCCUGAUCAUCCCAGAUCGACUGCAUCGCCUCUUCUUACGAAGAAUAAACAAAACCCUGAGGCUGUACCUUCCACAGACGGGGAGCCGGGUAACUUUGAUGUCCCAGACUUGACUGCAUCGCGUCAAGAUGAACAGCAAAUAACAGUGUCUGGACCAUCCACAGGUCAAGAUCCAAUCAACUUAGAAUUAAAUGAAGACAACCGGGCCAUUCCUCAGGAAGAGCAGGUUGACACCAUGGUGUCCCCGUAUACGCUGAAGAUGAUUGGCGGCCAAGGUGGAAACGAGUUCUCGUUUAACUGGCAGGAGAAUGUGGCCACGCUGCAGAAGCUCUCCGUGAGCGUUGGAGGCUGCCAGGUGAGGGGCGUCGAGGUGUGGCUGACGGACAGGCGCAGGAAGACAUUCGGCACCGUGAACUCCUCCGCUGAGGGGUUCGAAUUCAAGUCGGGCGAGUUCAUCACGAGCCUCUCGCUGUGGGGCAACGGGGAUGGCACGCACCUGGGCGCCAUCAAGUUCAGAACGAGCCACAGCCGCGAGUUCUUUGCCAAGAUAAUGGAUUUGGAGCUCAAGAACGAGUACAAGAUCGACGUGGGCUCUGGCAUCUGCUUGGGUGUUCAGGGCCGAGCGGGGUCCGACAUCGACUCCAUGGGCUUCCUCUUCAUCAAUGCCAUAAAGUCGUCGGUGAUCCAUGAAAUGAAGUACCCGACUAUGCACCAGGUUCUGCCCAACGUGCAGACGGAGGAGAUUAAUGAAAUGCAGUACAAGAACGACACCAGCGUCGAUCAGUCCUACACCUUCGAGAGCUCUAAGAGAAUCACCAAAACAUCAUCCUGGUCCACCACCAACAACAUCGAGUUCACCUUCAGCCUGAUGGUGAAAGCCGGUAUCCCCAAGAUCGUGGAGGUGGGGAGCGAUAUCAGCUUCACUGUUGGAUGUGAAAGGACGUGCAAGGUGGAGGAGUCUGAGGAGAAGACUGAAAUGCUCACGUUCCCAGUCUCUGUUCCGCCCCACAAGACCAUCAACGUGGUCGCCAACAUCGGGCACGUCAAAGUCGACCUUCCGUACACGGCCCUGCUGCGCAUCACCUGCGUGAAUGGCGCAAUCCUUGAUGCUCCCCUGAACGGCGUCUACAAGGGGCUCACUUACACCAAGAUGGCGGCCGUCGCUUCUGAGUGCUAGAGCGGCGUUUCAAAGCAUCUUUUUUUGGUGAUGUUUAUGAAGUGUUUUAAAGGAAUUUUUUUUUGGCUGUGUAAAAGUAACCAA